UGUAGUCAGAGGCCCGUGAAUCAGCGGGUUGUGCAAGAUUUCUCUAAUCUCAGUGCCCCAGAGCCAAUGGACAGCGCCUGGGCACUCCCGCCAGGAGGAGCGCUAGGCAUUGAGUGCUGCCGACGCUGCUGAGGGGUGAGGGUCUCCUGGCUGGCACAGCCAUGGCUGAAGUUCUGGAGCAGUUCUUGGUGUGUGUAGGGCUCCUGGUGUGCCUGCUGUGCCUGGGCAAGUGCCUGGGACUUUGUAGACGCGUGCUCCCAAGCUGCUGGCCGGCUUUGCCUGGUGGUUUCUUGCGGUCCAUGGGACAAUGGGCAGUGGUCACUGGAGCGGGAGACGGGAUUGGAAAGGCGUAUUCAUUGCAGUUAGCAAAGCAAGGACUCAAUGUUGUGCUGAUUAGCCGGACGCUGGAAAAGCUGCAAGCUGUUGCCACGGAGAUCGAGCAGACCACGGGGAGGAGCACGAGGAUUAUACAAACGGAUUUCACCAGGGCCGAUAUCUAUGAGUCUAUUCAAGAAGAGCUCGCAGGUUUAGAAAUCGGAAUUUUAGUCAACAACGUCGGAAUGCUGCCGAGCCUCCUCCCCACACAUUUCCUUAGUACACCGGAUGAGAUCCAGGCCCUCAUCCAUUGUAACAUCACCUCAGUUAUGAAGAUGACGCAGCUCGUCCUGAAACACAUGGAGUCGAGGCGCAAAGGCCUCAUCUUGAACAUCUCCUCGGGGGUGGCGCUGUUCCCUUGGCCUCUCUAUUCCCUCUACUCAGCGUCCAAGGCUUUUGUGUGCACAUUUUCCAAGGCUCUGAGGGCUGAGUAUAAAGACAAAGGAAUCAUUAUCCAGGUGCUGACACCCUACGCGAUCUCGACCUCCAUGACAAAGCAUCUAAACACCAACGUGAUCACCAAGACGGCUGACGAGUUUGUGAAGGAGUCGCUAAAUUACAUCACGAGCGGAGAUGCAACCUGCGGCUGCCUUGCCCAUGAACUCUUGGCGAGCUUCCUGGGCCUGAUCCCAGCCUGUAUCUUCUACAGCCGCUGGUCCCAGAGGCUGCUCCUGACACACUAUACGGAGUACCUAAAGCAGAACGUCCGGGCCCACUGAGGGGUGGCCGCAGGGGACUUGGAGGAGCGGCGCAGCACCCCGAGUCCCCUGACAUGGGGGCGUGAUAGCAUCAAAAGCGAAGGUUCUAGAGUAUACUUUUUUUUUCUGCUUCACUGAAAUCAGCGGCUCCAUUAGGCUGGGUUCUGUGUGAUCGCCAGUCCCAUUUCAUGGCAUGCACCCCACUUUGUCUCUUUUAAGAUAUCUGGGUUUGAGGCUGGCCAGUUCUGGUUUAACCUCUGCCAGCAUUUCACAGCAGUGUCAGUUGGUGUCCCAGCUGCCCCACUUCCAAUCCAGUUCCCUGCUAGUGGCUUGGGAAAGCAGUGGAGGAUGGCCCAAACUCUUGGGACCCUGCCCCCAUUAUGUGAGAUGUGGAAGAAGCUCCUGGCUCCUGGCUUUGGACUGGC